AUGAAACCUGUUUUGAGAAUGAUAGUGAUCCUAUUUUAAUUUAAUGGAUUAGGAUUCUCAAUUUAUUACUAUUUAACAUCUUUGGAAAAUACUAAUUUGGCAUAUAUGAUAAUCUAAGCUCUUUUGGCAUUAUUAUAAUUUUUUUUUUAGACCAAAAAUAAACCAAUACUACUCAUUGGAAGCAUAAUAUUGAUUCAAUUAAGUUUAUGUUUGUUUAUCAUUUAGAAUGAAAGAAAUUCUUAGAAUGAAAGUACGGCAUGUGUUAUAAUUGUUCAUUUUAUCACAACACAGUUAUUCGAGGAUUUUAAAAGAUAUCAAACAUAGUAUUUUUUAGUUAGAUUAUUUUGGCUGAUUUUAUUGCUUUAAUCAACUUUUUUGUAGAUUCUUUACAUUUCAUAAACAUCUUAAAUUGAUAUCUCAAUUUAUUAAUGUACAAUUUAUUUGUUGUUCUCCUUGAUUAUUAAUUAUGUCAAUGGGAUGUAAAAUAUAAUAACACCAAGAAACAAAUUAAGUGAAUCUCAUAGAAUUUAGAAUACAGACUAAUUAAUAAAUAGGAAAGAUCGAGCAUCUUCAUAGGCAGAUUCUGAUAAAAUGUCUCCAAAAAGUAAAGAAUAUCCCUUUUAUCAUUUUUUACUUCCAGAUUAAUCUUUUCCAAAUCAAAUUUUAAAUACAAAUAUACUAGAUGUAAUGAUGUAAUUUACACAUGAAGGCUUAUUGGUUUUAAGAUUAAACUAAUUGAAUUAAGAUAUGGAGAUUGUAUAUUCAAAUAUUGCAUCUAAAACAUUAUUUUCUGUUAAUUCUGCAAAGGAAAUAAUCGAUAUUUUAAAUUCUCUAAACAAUCUAAAAUAUUAAUAACAUGAUUCAUAGGAUGAUAAUUUGUUUAUAAUAAAUCAACAAAAAUAAAUGUGUAAAAGUAUGGCAUUUUUAAAAAGUGAUUAGAUAAAUUAAUCUAUUAAUCCUCACUACUAAAUUCUAUUAGAAAUGAAUUAAGAAAAAAACAUUGUAAAUUAAUUUAAAGAAAUAUUUUGUAAAUUUAAAUAAAAUAGUUUUAAGAAUUAAUAUUUUACUUUGCAUACAUUUUAUCCCAAUAAUGGAGUAACAAUGUCAUAGAGUGAGAGGAAAGCUGAAAAAAUGUUAGAAUUGACAAUUACAAAAAAGGAUAAUAAUUUAUAUUUUAUAUUGAUAAGAGAUAUUACACAUAAAUAGAAAAUAAAAUAUUUAAGAGAAUAUGAUUUAUAAAAAUCGAAAAUGUUAUCAUAUGUAAGUCAUGAAUAUAGAUCUCCUUUGAAUUGUAUUAUAUAGAUGAUAGAGAAUGUAUUACAUUCAAAUUAAUUAACUAUUGAUAAUUCUGAAAUGCUUUAAGCUGCUUUGGAUAAUUCUUAUUAUAUUUUAAAUCUAUCAAAUGAUUUAUUAGAUUUAGCUUAAAUAAAAAAUGGUAAAUUUGCAGUGCAGUAGACGAGAUUUAAUUUAGAAUGUUUAAUAAAAGAAUGUUUGAAAUUGUUUGCAUUGAAAGCAAAGAUAUAAAAAUUAAAUCUAUCAUAUAUUUAUGAUAGUAAAGCACCUACAAAUGUGUUGAGUGAUAAAAAUAGAAUAAAAUAAAUUUUAGUGAAUUUAUUAAGUAAUAGCUUUAAAUUUGCAUCAAAUUAAAUAACAAUUCUUGUAUCAUAUAUAGAUAACACAACUAUAAAAAUAGGUGUUCAAGAUGAUGGGAUUGGUAUACCUGAUGAAGAUUAAAAAAAACUUUUUAAGUAAUUUUCUAAAGUGAAUUCUGAGGAGAGUAGAAAAAGAAAUGAGAAUGGAGUUGGAUUAGGUUUGGUUAUAAGUAAUUAAAUAGCUAGUUCAAUAGGAUGUGGAGGAUUAUAAAUUGAUUCAAAAAUAAAUUAAGGUACCUAUUUUUUCUUUAAUUUGUAAAUAUAAUAAAUUAGAUUGAAAAAGGUGUCAAGUUAUAGAAUUAAAGAAAAUUCAGGUUAAUCUCAAGAAGUUGAUGAAGGAUAAACAUUUCUAUUAGAACAGAAAAAAUCAUUUGAUUUAGAACCACCUUCUAUUAAAUGUUCUCAUAUAUUAAUUGUUGAUGAUGAAAUCUUUAAUGUUUUUACAUUUAAAAAAUUACUAAAUAAAAAGUAAAAAAUAUGAUUUAAAAUUAGAAAUAUUCUAGAUAUUGAUUCUGCAUCAAAUGGUAGUGAAUGUAUUGAGAAAAUAAAGAAUAAGAAAUGUUGUCAAUAAUGUAGUGGAUAUAAAUUAAUCUUUAUGGAUUUAGAAAUGCCAAUAUUAAAUGGUUUUAAUGCAACUAAAGAAAUUCUUAAGAUUAAUUAAAAUUAAGUUAUUAUUGCUUGUUCUGGAUAUACCGAUCAUAAAGAAAAAGAAUAAUGCUAGAAAAUUGGAUUUUUAAAUUAUCUAGUAAAACCUAUAAGAGAUUAAGAACUAAAUGAUAUUUUAAAUACAUAUUAUUGUUGA